AUGGCCAACUUUGGUCCUGGAGGGCCACUGUCCUGCAGAGCCCUGCAGAGUCCUGCACUGUCCUCCAACUGUGAUCAAACACACCUGCCUACUGGAGGGAUUUUGUAUUAUUCCGUCACCUGCUCGAACACAGGGCUGAGAAACACCCGAACAUUAGACGUUCAGGACAUCAAUGACAACUCUCCGAUCUUCCAGAACAAAACAUACAGCGCUACAGUGUCAGAGACGACGAGGGUUGGUUCAGAUGUGCUCCGGGUGACAGCUACAGAUGCAGAUGUGUCUCCAGAAAACAACAGAAUUACAUAUACUAUACUGCCUCCAGUACCGGAUGAAUUUGAAGUGAGACAGGACGGCUUCAUCAGGUUGAAACAACGUCUGAACUACAAUACUGUUCAACAGUACAUCAUCACUGUGGAAGCUAAAGAUAAAGGAGAAGUCAGUGACACCGCAACAGUUACAAUAACGGUUGAAGAUUAUGACAGUCUAAACCCUUAUUUUGAUCACAGUCUCUAUGAAGCAUCCAUUGAAGAAAACCAGGUAGGACAACUGUCAGACGUCACUCCUGAGGCCAUAAAAGCUCAAGAUGGUGACACGGGCAUCAACCAACCUGUAGUUUACAGCAUUACAGAAGUCGUUCCAAAUGAGUAUCGGAGCGUCUUUGAAAUUGACCUAAACAGUGGGGUCAUCUCUGUGACAUCGGCACUAGACAGAGAGGAAACUGACCAGAUAACUGUCCACAUACAGGCAGCUCAACAGGAUGAUGCCAGUAAGACAGCUAGUGCCAUGGUAUCAAUCACCAUUGAAGAUGUGAAUGACAACACACCGGAAUUUGACAAGGACCAAUAUGCAGUGUCUAUUAUGGAAAAUUCACCCCAGGACCAGCUUGUGCUUCAUAUUAGUGCCACUGAUCUAGACCUGGGUGGGUUCUCUAAAGGUCAGUUUAUCAUGGACAGUGAUACGUUCUUUAUUAGCAAUCAAGGAUUAAUAUCACUCAGGGGCGAUGCCACUUUGGAUAGAGAAACUAUAGACAGUUACGUUAUAGAGGUCAUAGCUGUAGACCAUCCUGUUGAUGGUUUUAGCUCCACAGCUCAGGUCACCAUCACUGUUCUGGACGUCAACGACAACAACCCACAAUUCCUUCCUCUCCCAGAGACCAUAAAGAUUCAGGAAGGUGUGUACACUCCCUCAGCACCUGGAGACGUGUGCUUAAUCUCAGCCACAGACUCCGACAUUGGAGAUAAUGGACGUGUCACCAUGACUCUUUCUUCUUACAGCAAUAUCUUCAGCUUCAAAGAUGAUGGGACUCUACUAGCUAUUGAGGAGCUGGAUCGAGACACACAAGAUGUUUAUGAUUUGGUCGUUGUCGCUGUGGAUCAUGGGAGCCCACAGGGAACUAACGUCACGACAGUGAAGGUCAAUAUCACAGACGUCAAUGACAACGCUCCAGUCUUCACCUCUGACACCUACAGCAAAAGCGUUGUGGUUAAAGACGCCAAGGUUGGAGAAGUGCUGCUGACGCUCUCUGCCACAGAUAAAGAUGCCGGAUCAAACGCAAUCAUUAGCUACAGUUUCUCUGAAGCGUCUUCCAUGGUUGCACUGGAUGCUGAAACAGGAGACAUCACUUUGACCUCUGACCUAAGUGAGGUCAUAGAAGACACACUACUAACCCUUACUGCUACAGCGACAGAUCACGGAGCGCCAGCAAAGUCUGAUGAAGCCGAAGUCUUGAUCUACUUCCAAAUUUCCUCCAUCUCUGAGAGUGUGGCUUUUGAGAGCUCUUCCUACAACUUCAAAAUUAAGGAGAACGAACCUGAGGCCACAAUAGUAGGCAAAGUCAAGGCCUUAACAGAGAGUCCAGUGGUUACAGUCAGCUAUAACAUGAAGACACACGAGGAUGUCUUCUCUGUGGAUGAGGAAGGAACCAUAAAAGCUCUCAGACCACUGGACAAGGAGGAAGAGGAGUGGAACAUCCUCACCAUUGAGGCCAUAGACUCCAGAACUCCUCCAACCACUGCAGAGACAACGGUCAGUGUUCAGGUUGAGAACAUGAAUGAAGCUCCUGUGUUUGACACUGAAAUAUAUGAAGCAGAAAUUUUCUGUAUCGCUCCAUACAAAUUCCGUAUAGUGAAGGUCCAGGCAUCAGACCCUGAUGUUGGCGAGAGCUCAGAUUUGGUGUAUUCACUACUGGAGCCCACAUCUCAGGUGGAAGUGGAGGCAAACACUGGUCAGAUCUAUGUACUGGAUGCUUCUUGUGUUGGCGACAAUGUGUUCACCUUUCAUGCUAAAGCCACUGAUAAACAUGGACUGAGCACAACUGCAACAGUACAGAUCAAAGUAAAACACAGUGUAAACAGCGUCACAGUCAUCUCCCUUAACCAGCCUGUAUACAUAGUUGAGAAGAUGAUCCCAGAGAUGGAGGACUCCAUGGAAAAAGCUUUAGGCUGGACUGUGUUAAUCCUCAUUGUGAGAGCUCAAGAUGGGAUUGAGAUGCGCACCAUUCUCCGAGAAUCUACAGCCAAGACUUACAUCAGCUUCAUUGCCACGGACUCCAGUGGUGCUGUCGUUGAAGCCACGGAAGUCAAAGAGAAACUGCACACGGAGCACAAAGCUUUAACAUCUGAACUGGAGAAGGUUUUUGGUCCUGGUUUAGAAUUCAAAGUGGAGGACAGUCCUGGAAGCUCUGAAGAUAACAGUCAAGUAACCAUCAUCGCACUCAGUGUUCUGUCUACUAUAUGCUUUGCAGGACUUAUUAUCGCUCUGUCAGUACUCUUUAUUAAACGCAGGCAAAAAAAUGACUCAAAUUCUGACACAAAGAGCUUAAAUGCUAGCAGUGUUGCACUUGAAAAUUUUGAAAGGAGAUCCAUUGACAUGCCUAAUAACUUUAACAUAAACCCAGAAUCCAGACAGGACCCACUGACAGAUUGUGACAAGGAAACUGACAAUGCCAGCGAUAUCAGUGAAAACAGCCUGAAAUCACCAUGACUUCUUCUCCGUAGUGUAAAUGAGCUCGUGUCUUGAUUAUGACACAUUUAUAGCCU